AUGGCUCAGUAUAUUGGAAAGACUAUUUCUUUGAUCUCCGUAACGGACAAUCGAUAUGUGGGUCUUUUGGAAGGUAUCGACUCCGAGCGAGGAGUGGUGACCCUUAACAAAGUACGUUGUUUUGGAACAGAAGGCCGGAAGCAUUGGGGCCCACAGGAGAUAUACCCGAAUCCAACGGUGUACGAUACCGUUACCUUCAAUGGUAAUGAUGUGAAGGAUCUCAGCAUCCUGGAUGUAGCGCUAGAGGAGGUUCAGCCGGUGCUUCCCCCACAAAGUGUAGCCACGCAACAACAACGACAGCCACGCUCAAACAGCGCUUCUGAGGCCCCUCCAUCAGCACAGGCUCCACAGACCGUAGCCACUCAAGAAGUACAAGAUCCCCCACAGACUUCUCAACAGUUGCCGGCUGCGGCAGUUCCAGCAGCUAUGGCUGGAUAUGGAGUUUACGCUCCAUCGGCUUCUGCACCUGAAACACAAGAACAGGCCACUAAGGUGCUUCCUUCACCACCACUGCAGCAACAGCGCAACCAGAGAGAUGGCAACAGACAACCAAAGCCAUCUGGUAAGUCCCAGCAAGGUAGACAGGAAACACCGCAGAGGGUUGAAAUUCCAACUGAAGAUUUCGAUUUUCUAUCAAACAAUUCCAAGCUCGAAAGGGACCACACCACCUCUCGCCCUCAACCAACUGUUCAAGGUGAGGCAGCGGAUACAGAGGGAAAUUUCUAUAACCGCAAAUCUUCGUUUUUUGAUACUAUCUCGACAUCCACUGAGACAAACACCAACAUGAGAUGGCAAGAAGAACGCCAACUUAAUAUGGAUACGUUCGGACAAGCCAGCGCUGGGAACAGACGCGGGCGUGGCGGUGCUCGCGGGGGACGCGGGUCCUACCGCGGUCGCGGUGGUCAAAGGGGAGGGAACCGUGGUGGGUUCAGAAAGAACACAAAUCAAUACGGUGGCGACUCUGCCACAGAAAAAAUUGAGUUCUAA